CGUCACCGUUCAAAACAAUACAUCAAGUUCCGCCUGUCUGGCGCCGCUUCCUCAUGAAGAUGUCUCAAAAUAAUCCCGAGAAAGACGACCAAACGUCCACCGACAAAAAAGCCAUCUCUCUUCCAAUUUCCAGAGUGAGGUUGAUCAUGAAGAGCUCACCGGACGUGUCCAGCAUCAACCAGGACGCUCUUUUCCUCACCACCAAGGCGACAGAGCUGUUUGUCCAACACCUGGCUCUGUCCUCAUUCAACAACGGCUCCGGGAAAGAAAGCAACACACUGUCAUACAGCGACCUCGCUCACACCGCGGAGGAGACGGAGACUUUCCACUUUCUUACAGGUGAGACACAUAAACCCACAGGGGCCGUCUGCAGCAUGCGGGCCUUUUACCACUGAAACAUCGGAACCUGG